AAUCCCUCUUUGAGCGGACAGAACACUGCCACCGUGGCCAGGUAUUGGCAGGCUUCGGGGCGAAUAUUCACCCUACGACACUGGGGAGUCACCUCAGAGUUCCCGUCCCGGAAGGCCUUCACCGAGGCUUCAGAGCUGUGGAGAAACACUGGGCACCUAUUAAGUCCGGGGGUUAGAAACUGGGGCGCCAGAAACACGCAGGCCACAAGCGUGCCGGUCCCGUUACGGGGGCUGGGGCCAGUGCGCAGGCGCAGUGCUCAUUGCGGGCUUUAGGACAGCGCGGAAGACUGCUGGGCCGCGGUGCAGUGUCUAACCCCACAGCUGCCUCCUGAGUCACCGGCCCCGCCCUCAGGAGCCCGACGCAGCGGGAGGCCUGAGGGCAGCAGAACGGAUCGCCGGAUCGCCGGACUUUCUUGAAUCGCAGCCAUGUUCCUGGUUAACUCGUUCUUGAAGGGCGGUGGCGGUGGUGGUGGCGGUGGAGGCGGGGGCCUGGGCGGGGGCCUGGGGAAUGUGCUCGGAGGCCUGAUCAGCGGGGCCGGGGGCGGCGGCGGAGGCGGCGGCGGAGGCGGCGGCGGAGGAGGUGGAACGGCCAUGCGCAUCCUGGGCGGAGUCAUUAGCGCCAUCAGUGAGGCAGCUGCGCAGUACAACCCGGAGCCCCCGCCCCCACGCACCCAUUAUUCCAACAUUGAGGCCAACGAGAGUGAGGAAGUCCGGCAGUUCCGGAGACUGUUUGCCCAGCUGGCUGGAGAUGACAUGGAGGUCAGCGCCACAGAACUCAUGAACAUUCUCAACAAAGUUGUGACCCGACACCCUGAUCUGAAGACCGAUGGUUUUGGCAUUGACACAUGUCGCAGUAUGGUGGCCGUGAUGGAUAGCGAUACUACAGGCAAGCUGGGCUUUGAGGAAUUCAAGUACUUGUGGAACAACAUCAAAAAGUGGCAGGCCAUAUACAAACAAUUUGAUGUUGACCGAUCAGGGACCAUUUGCAGCAGUGAGCUCCCGGGCUCCUUUGAGGCAGCAGGGUUCCACCUGAAUGAGCAUCUCUACAACAUGAUCAUCCGACGCUACUCAGAUGAGGGAGGGAACAUGGAUUUUGACAACUUCAUCAGCUGCUUGGUCAGGCUGGAUGCCAUGUUCCGUGCCUUCAAAUCUCUUGACAAAGAUGGCACAGGACAAAUCCAGGUGAACAUCCAGGAGUGGCUGCAGCUGACUAUGUAUUCCUGAAUGAGAACCCCAGACCUGCCCCCUCACUGCCUUGCUAUAGGAGCCAUUUUGGAUCCUUCACUCUCUCCCAGGGCUGAUCCUGUCUGCAGUCACGUCUUCAUGGGUCCUGCUGACCCACAGUCCUUUCGUUCUCCCAGUCCUUGGCACCCAGCUUUUCAGUCAGCAGCCAGGGCCCAGGAUGCCCUAACACUCCAUGCCCUGAGUUACUCCUGUCUCUAAGACACUCUAGCGUGUUCUGCCCAAGGGUCACCCCACCCCUCUUGCACCCACCAGCUCCAUAACCUCUCUCCUGUACCUGUGCCAAGCCCAGCAUUGGUGUGGCUUCCAUGCCCCAAGGGUCAUCUCGCAGUUCGUGAGAUUGCUCCAGUCCCUGCACACCCUGGCACACCCAUUCACAGUUACCUCCCAGGCAGCCAAACUCUAGGCCUCUCGAGGCCCACAGUGCCUUUGUAUUCUACUUCCAGCCUGUCAGGCCCAGGAGGAAAUAAAUGCUCCCCAGUUGCUGCUCUCUA